AGUUCGACAACAUCUUCCCAACUUUUGCGAUUGCUCAUGCAACAUGCCCGGCUCAUCCCUAUGGCUCCUUCCGCCGGAAACGCAUCCGUUGAAUGAUGUGCUUGCAUCUCUGAUCAAGCGGACAGCAUUACGCUUUGGCUCGACGGACCUCUUCAUUCCCCACGUUACACUGACGUCGGACCUGGUAUCACCAACAAGCUAUGGAUCAGAGCCCCAGAAAUGGCUCGACUCUCUGGAUCUCCAAGCUGGUGGUGACGUGCAGGUUGAUUUUGAAAAGCUAGACAGUGAGGAUGUCUACUUCCGCAAACUCUACAUUAAGUGCCAAAAGACCACCGGAUUGAAAGCGCUAGCGAAGGUCUGCAGAAAACAGGUUGCCGAUCAUAUGGACGAGGAGACGGCUAGGAAGUGGGCGGAAGAGACGUACAACCCGCAUGUAAGCCUGUUGUAUCAUGACUGCUCCCAAGUCGAUGCGAAAGGGCUCGAAGAGACGAGCAAGCUCGCUCAGGAGGAAGGCAUUGACCUUGUAGAGCGAAGUGAGGGAUUGUCUUGGACUGGAGGUCGCGUUGUACUUGUCGCAACCGAAAGACCGACUUCUGAGUGGAAGCCCAUCGCCCAGAGGGUACUUUGAUGCGUCAUUAUGUGGUGGUUGAGAUCUGAGCAUUUGCCACUGUCAGUAUGGGGAAACUUGAUAUCUGGUCGCAACAGCGUAUUUACCAAGUCUUCUAGUCGCGUGAGGCAGUCGGUACUUUGAUGGUACGAGCCGCUUGAGGCUGCUGUGGCUGAAGAACAGUGGAUCCUUAGAUGCCGCACGUACAUGCUACUGAAGCUAAAGCAGGCCAGACGUCAUUGAGGGGUAAUUAUGAUCAACAAAGAAAGAUGAGACACGAGCUGGGCAUAGUUUGGAGAGACUGUUGUUCACGUGUUUGAAUUACUGUACAAUAUUGAUAUGGUAUCUACAUACUCAUGGCUCGUUAAAACAUUAGGAAAUUAAGAUGCAUGAAGUGUGCAUCUAUUUCAUGAAACCACGCUUGCCAUCGCCGUCAGCGUCAACCUUGGGGUUGAGCUUGUCC